AUGAGGGCGUUUGGGAGACUUAUUAGUCUGCUACUAGCAGGUGUAUAUUUUGGACGUGUUGCCUUUGCAGUAUUUCAGGAUGAAGCUUAUAAAUCGGAUUGGCAAUGGAUGAACAUCGGGGAGUACAAGUGUGUGAUAGAAGACAAUCAUGGUUCAUUCUUGAUAUUAUCAGACUUAGGAGAUCAAUCAAUGCUUUCCUCUGUAAACAGAACAGAUGGUAAAAUUUUGUACAGACGGCCAGUACCAUUUAAGGCUUUUGAUUUAAUGUUGGUAGACGGGGGGAAGAAAAUGAUAUUGAAAGUUGGUAGGGGUCAAUUCGAGCUAAUUGAUACCGAAAACAGUUUUCAUCUGGGUACAUAUGUCGGAGGAUUUCAAAGUUCAUGCAUUCCUAAUUACUCUGGAAUCAGAUUCGAGGGUGAUAAACUGAAGGUAUUGGAUAAGAUUACUGAUUUAGAGAUUUUCCACGCUGUUUUACCUAAUGAACCUCGCACUAUUAAGUACGUUGAUACAGAUCAGGUUGGUUAUCUGUCUCUUUUGGUGGAACACAAUGAUUUUUAUUACUACAGUGAAUACCAUGAUGGUGAACUAACAAAUAAAUGGUCAAGAGAUGAAUCAAUAACCGAUAUUGUCGAUUUUACCUAUGUUUCUGAAGUCGACAACAACACUAAUAUGAUAUAUUCUGAAUGGAACACUGAAGGAUCUCUGAAUAUUUUUCGUGCGUAUAUCUAUCGUGUGAAACAAAAUUGGGGAAGAUUGAAGCAUUUAUUAGUUCAUCAUAAGAAAUCUCCUGGAGCUAUACUCACUGAUAUUCUCAAGGAAGAUGAAGAAGAAACUCUGAAGCAACGUAAUUUAAAGUUUGGCUUCCUGAAGAAAUUGAUAGUUGCGACUAAGAAAGGGAAAAUCGCAGCAAUUAAUAUGGAGAAUGGUGAAAAAUUGUGGGCCAUUGACACUAAUUUAUCAGAUAUUAUUGCCUUGGAGACUGCUAAGAAAGAAUCAGAAAUAUUCAUUUUUACGAACAGGGGUCUUACAUUGGUAGUUGAUCUUAGAAAUCAAUAUGAACCACACAUUAAGCAAAAAGCUACUGAGUUUGCGACUGAGAAGGUCGGACGGCUGGGGUCUUCCGAUGACUUUUAUCUAAGGGGCUCUGAUGGAUCUACCAUCAUGUUUGCUGAUAACAGCAUAAAUGACUUCAGUUCUGUUAUCGUUGAUCACACUAGUAGCUCUAUUAACGCUUAUAUUGUUGAAAACGGUGCUCUUCAUCAAAUAUGGAAAAUAGAAACACAAGAAGAUGAAGAGAUCGUAGCAUUUGCACCAAGAGAUGAUGCUCCUGUUUCAAAUAUUGGCACAAUUUUAGGUAACAGAACAGUCCUAUACAGAUAUCUGAACCCUAACUUGGCUUCUUAUAUUGUUGGGAAUAAAAAAUUGAACCUCAUUACUGUCAACGUUGUAGAUUUGGUUACUGGAAAUAUUAUCCACAGCGUUUAUGAAAAUAACACACUGAAUUUGGAUCAGCCAAUUAACUUAGUUUUUGGAGAGCACUGGAUAAUAUACUCCUAUUUCAGCCACAAUAUUGUCGCAGAGCAAAGAAUUUCAGUAAUUGAAAUGUAUGAAUCGCUUCAACCUAAUUCGAGAGUGUCAGUUGGUUCAAUUGUGCAAGAUGCUCUGAAAAAUGAUAUCAGACCUCAGUUUGUUUCGCAGUCCUUUAUAUUUCCAGAGGUAAUUAAGGAAAUGAUAAUAUCAAGAACCAAAUUUGGUAUUACCAGUAAGGCAAUAGUUCUCAAAUUAGAGAAUGGACAGAUUACCUAUCUUCCAAAAUUCUUGCUCAAUGCGAGAAGCGUGGAAAAGUCAAAAAUGUCUGCUACAGACUUACAGGAAUUUAUGGCUGCUCCAUAUGUCAGCACUAUUCCAAUUAAUGACAACUUUAUUAUCACCCACCACAGAAAUAUAGUUGAUGGAAACAAAGCAAAAUUAAUCUCUAUUGCUACAAAUCUCGAAUCUACUUCAUUGAUUUGCAGUUUAAGCCAUGAUAUAUUUUGUACUAAGAUCUCGCCAUCUUCUCAAUUCGAUAAAUUGAGCCCAAGCUUUGAAAAGGGCAAACUCUUUGCUACCAUUAUCGGUCUUCUAUGCGUAUGCUAUUUCCUGAGACCAAUCGUGGACACUAGAAAACUCAAGUCGAAAUGGUUAGUUAAGGAGAACUAUUUGUAG